GAUCUGUUCAGUUGUGUGUGCAGGCACCACUGGGGCACACUGGGGCCUGUAUCGCUAUUACGCACUAGUUUACUUGUACCAUGUUCAUUUCACGUUUUUGGAUAAAAAUGUGUGUCGUUCAAACGAGACGAUAAAAAACCAAGUGUACUUGUUGUAUUCUGUUAGCAAGUAAACUUAUCUGACAAGUAUUAGCAGAAAGUGACGAGAGUGCACAAGUUGCUGACGACUAGUUUUUAUACGGAGCCAUCAUCAUCAUGUACAAACUGCUGUGGUUAUUGGUUUUUAUUGUCAUCUCUUGUACUUUUGCCGCACAAUGUCCACAAGGUAGUGGCUGUGGGGACUGCCAACAUCUCCCUGACGACGAGUACGAGAUUCGCUGUUCAACGAGUGCAUCAGAUUCCAUGUUUAUUGUCAAUUACAGACCGCACUCUUGGCUAAAAAUUGACUGUUACAAUUUGCCAAAUUGGUCAGAGUUUAAUCUUGGCAGAGAACAGCAAAUUCAAGAUGUCCAGGCUAUUUCAUUUAGGACAUGUCAAUUGCCAGAAAAGGGAAAACUUGGGAGCAUCGCUAGACAAAUCAUUGCAAAUAACAUUACCGAAUUGAAUUUGCAAUUGAAUGAUAAUUUAUCAUUGACUCUCAGUAGAGAAACAUUAGCGGAAUUCAAGAGCUUGAAAUCUUUGAUACUUUCUAGAAAUAAAUUGAAAAAUGUCACUGCUGAUUUGUUACAUGAUUUGGAAAAUUUAACUCUUCUCAAUCUUCGUGAGAAUGAUCUCCAUGAAUUGCCUUCAGAAUUUCUCAACAUGCCUCAUCUCGAAUCAAUUGAAUUAGGAAGCAAUAAAUUGGAAAUUAUUGAGCCAACAAUGUUUGAAAAGUUGACGAAACUGAAGCUCUUGAAUUUAUGGAAUAAUAAAAUUAUUGAUAUAAAGCCCCACAGUUUUGACAAACUCAAGUCCCUAAAGUCCAUUGAUAUGCAUACAAACAAUCUGCAAACACUGCCGGAGGAUAUUUUCGCCCCGUUGGAGAAUCUCAUGGUGAUCAACUUGUCGCAAAAUAAUUUUAGUGCUAAUUCAUUGCCAGAAAAACUUUUAAGGAACAAUAGUCUCCUACGGACAAUUCUUUUCUUCGAGAAUAAACAAAAUUUAACAACUCUUCCUUCCAAGUUUUUGGCUGAAUUACCCCAACUCACGAGUGUCAACAUACGAAGAAAUAAGUUGGUAUAUUUGCCCCAUGAUUUAUUCACGGGUAGUAUCAACUUGAGGAAUAUCAGUAUGGAAUGGAAUUAUAUAGAAAAACUUCCACGAUAUAUUUUUAAUGAUUGUAAGGAUCUUUUUUCCAUCAAUCUUGCUUACAAUGAGCUCAGUGACUUGCCAAAUGGAGUAUUCUCGGCGCUUCAUAAGUUGGAGAAGCUUGAUAUAUCAAGGAAUCACAUAACUGUGAUAAAGGCAAAUUUAUUCGAUGGCUUAUCAUCACUCAAAGUCCUGAACAUUGAACGAAAUGGAUUAAAAAUUAUUGAUCCACAUGGGCUGCGUCCUCUCCAAAAUCUUCGAAUUGCCAAAUUUUCCUCCAAUCAACUGACUUUAAAAGCAAACACAAGCAGAUGGUUCGCGGGUGAUCGUUCAACAUCUCCAUUCUACCCUUGUACGAGAAUCGAAGAGUUACAUUUGGCAAAUAACAACAUUUCAGAUAUUUUCUUCGAUUGGGCUACAGCCUCUCAUCUAAGGACUUUGGAUCUUCAAUACAAUAGCCUCAAGUUUAUACAUGCACAGGAUAUAUUUUUCUUAUCAGAAAAUCUCUACGUAGAUUUAUCUUUCAAUAAUAUUGAAAUGAUAUCAUUAACAUACGCCGAAGCUUUUGCCACACCUCGAGAAUACUCAAAAAACGUCAUUGUGUCAGUGGAAAAUAAUCCAAUUAAUUGUGACUGCGAUCUCUAUGAUCUUCUGCGUUAUCGUGAAGGAGAUAUGCAUCCCAAUGUUGAGAAUAAUGUGCACCUGAAGAUGAAGAAUUUGAAAUGUCAAAAGCCAAGUUGGCUGAUGAAUAUUCCUGUCGAAGAUUUAAGAUCAAAAUCAUUGAAAUGCUUAGUCGAAAAUGCCACAAUUUACAAUGCCACCUGUCCACCUAGAUGCGAUUGUUGGCUGCAACCUAAUGAGCGAGCAUAUUUAAUAGAUUGCUCCUAUAGGAAUAUAAUGAAGACACCUGAAUUUGUAAAGGCUCCCCGAGGACUGGCAAUUGAACUUAAUUUCACCGGUAAUGCUCUGAAAAAAAUGCCCUCUAUGAAAAAACCUGGAUACAAUGCAGUUAGAGUAUUGUCUCUUUCCAAAAACCAAAUAACUCAAGUACCACUGGAUGCACUCUCACAAAAUCUAACAUUAUUGGCCUUAGAUUCCAAUAAUUUAACGAGAUUAGAGACAAAUGUAAUAAACUUUUUGAAUAAUUCAACACAAUUGAGAAAUCUCACACUUGAGAGGAAUCCCUGGGUCUGUAAUUGUGACGCAAGGGAAUUUCUUAGUUUCAUACAAAUGAAGAAAGUUGAAAUUCCAGAACUGCAACAAGUGAAGUGUCAAUUAUUUAAUAAGCCCAUCUUCGAAAUGACGCCUGAAGAAAUGUGUCCAUUAGCAAUUGUUGGAAUCAUCGGUGUCUGCAUUGUUAUCGCAUUAUUGGGAAUGAUAAUAGGAAUAAUUGCAGCAUUAUAUUAUCGCUUUCAGCAGGAAAUAAAAGUCUGGCUUUAUGCUAAACAGUGGUGUUUGUGGCUAGUCACUGAGGAUGAAUUGGAUAAGGAUAAAUUGUACGACGCCUUCAUCAGCUAUUCCCACAAAGACGAAGAAUUUGUCGUUAAAAGUUUGAUAGAAAAAUUAGAGGAGGGACCGAAACCUUUCAAGUUAUGUGUUCAUUUUCGGGAUUGGCUGGCUGGGGAAUGGAUACCAAAUCAGAUUGCUCGCUCUGUUGAAGACUCGAGACGUACUAUUGUUGUCCUCUCACCCAAUUUUUUGGAAAGCAUAUGGGGAAAAAUGGAAUUCAGAACAGCCCAUAAUCAAGCUUUGAGCGAAGGACGAGCUAGAGUAAUUAUUAUUCUUUAUGGAGACAUUGGACCCGUAGAGCAGCUCGAUCCAGAACUCAAAGCAUACUUGACCAUGAAUACUUAUGUCAAAUGGGGCGAUCCAUGGUUCUGGGAGAAAUUAAAGUAUGCACUUCCACAUCCUCAAGAUUUUGUUAAAAGAAAGCGGAGACAAACUCUAUUUAAAAACCAGCAUCCAAUAAUCCUUAUUGCCAAUGAUAAAAGUGGAUUGAUUGAGAAUUCCAAUUCGAAUAAUGCCGCAAUAUCAACUGCUCAAUCUACCCCACCUGCGGAUACACUCAAGACUUUCAUCAAUACCAAUAAUGAAACCAACGAAUCUCUGACCAAACAAGAUCAACAAAUCAAGGUUAAUGAUAAUGCAAACAUUAGAAGAAAUUGUGAUUCAGUGAAGAUGAACGAAAAUAUUGACAAGAUUCAAUGUACAACAGUGUAAUUCAAUUUCGUAUUUUCAUUUCAUUUCUCAUUUUUUAAAUUUUCUUUAUAAUUCGCCAUGAGGAAGUAUGAAAAGCAUGACAAUAAUUCGACCUUCACCAGUGUAAGAAUAUUGAAUAAUUUUAUUAAUUACAAGACUGAGAUGGGUUGCUGGAGGAAGAAGAGUAUUUAUCAAUGUUGUAAAUUUCCCAGGGUAACAUUGACCACGAAUAUUUCAAAUUAUUUUUCAUGUGAUUUUAUACAAUGAAUUUUGAAAAAAAAACAAAAAAAAACAAAAAUAAAAAAUAAAUAAAUAAACUUACUUUGGUUUGACAUACGAGGGGCGUGGGCCACUGGAUUUUUAAGUAACAUGCUUCAUCAAUCAUCAUCUUUGGAUUAUCCUUUUCUUUUUCUUCUGAGCAGAUAAAUUCUAUGAUUGUAUAAUGUCGUUUUCCAUUUUCACAUAGUGAACCAUUGGUAUAAUUGAGAUAUGGCCCCAUUGGAGACCAUAAAAGUUGAGAAUUAGCAUUCCCCUCUGUAUUACGAUUCGGUGAUCGACAAACUCCUGGAACAUAUAAAUUAGUCCAUUUAAAAACAUAUAGAAAAUAGAUUGAUAAAAAAUAAUUGAUUUGUGGUAAUGCAGAAACUUUCAAUUUAUCUUACCUGCAUUAGCUUCGCAAGCUUUAUUCAUUAAAGGUCCACAAAUACUUAAUUUAUAAGAUCCGUUAGAAAUUGGAAUUAUGUACUCUUGGCCUUUGAGACUCUCCAAAUCAUACCUCAAAUCGAAGUGAUAAAAUUUAAAUCAAUCCUUUUUUAUUUUGUCAGAAGAAUAUUUAAAAAAGAAAAAAAAAUACAAUUACUGGAAAUUAGUUACUGGAUCGCGGACUUUACAUGGGCUAGCAGUAUUUAAACUGUAUUCCUCCAGUUGUUUAUCACUGCAUGCUGCAGCAGUCUUCCAAAGCAGUUUAUAAUGGCAGCCAGUGGAGCUUGUUAAAACUGGAUGAGUAUUCUGUAUACAAACAGAAACGACAAUAAACUGAAAUUUCAUUUUAAAAAAAAAAUCUUUCGAAAGGAGAAACUUACAUGUGAUUUAAAAUCACAUAUAAAGAAAAUUGUUGUUUGAGAAUGUUCGGCGCUACCAUCAGCGCACAUUACCCCCAUAUCAUAGUGCAGAGCAAUGGUACCAUUGAUCAAUUGCAGUGGCUGUACAUCUCCAAGGUUUGAAUAGCUGUAAAGAGUAAUCAAUUUGAUGAGGCUAACAUUCUUCUGCUCAUUUGAAAUUAUACAUUUAUAUACCUCCAAAUAGAAGUACUGGUGUUUCUCAAACAGGCCCCUGAAUUGGAUGGGCAGACAGCCCCAUAUCCAGGAAUUAUUGAAUGGCAUACAUUCAAAAUAAUAAAGCUCGUAUUAGUUGUAGCGUUUAUCACAUAAUUG